AACGGAACAUCUAUUUUAUUUGUUGCGGUUCAGGAGGACAACUUGUUAGAUAGCUAGCUCAAUUAUCUACGACCAGCACUUGCUAAAUUCACAGAUAACCUAAUCUGCGUUUUUGAUUCAACUCGAAGAGGCUAUUUACACCAUAUUUCCACGGGAGAACACCUAUGGUCGCUGGAGAAGAUGCUAGCUGUGCGCCAAUUUCUACCUAACACAAUGACCAACUACAGAGCUUUUCAUACACAACUGUCGUCCAUCAUGGAUGCAUUGACUAAAGCGGCGGUGGCAGAUAUCUGCGAGCUCGUAGAUGACAGUUAUGCUGUUUUACAAUUGGAAAUCUCUCGAAGCCACAAAGAGAAUGAGGCAUUGAGAAGGAAACUCGAGUUGAUCGAGACCAUCAUUGCGCGUGGGCAGAGAGGGAAUAUGGCAGAAACAAACCACCAAGCUAAAAUUGAUUCCCUCAAUGCCGAACAUUCCUCUUCAUCUGGAAGGGCUGCCUGUACCAAGCAGUCAAAUGAAAAUCUAAGAAGAGCUGGAAAGAUCACAGCUGUUCAGGAAGCCACAGAACAGUCUGAAAAUAAAGAGGUGGUUUUGCAGGUACCUGAAGAGGAGAAGAUCGGACCUGACAUAUUCUUAAUUAAGGAGGAGAAGCUGGGCGGGGACUUGGAUAGUAGUAAUGACACACAGGAUGUUCUGCUAUUCAGUGAGAAGGGUACUGAGGCGUCGUAUGGUGAAGUGGAUGACGGUGAAGAAGGGCCAUCCAGAAUAACCACCUCCACCAUAACUACGAGGGAGUGGGACAGAAGUGGAGAGGAUAGUGGCCACCGAUCCGAGCAGGGGAAUGAGAGUUCUCAGAGGACUCCCCAGUUUUUGCGUUCUAAAUUCACGGCCGGAAGAUGGAACCCCCUGAGCCUUAACUACACACUGCAUGAGACACCCAGUGAGUCUGGGUCCAGUCCACCGGGGGGGAAUAAUGAAAUGGAGACAGUGGAACCCGUUUAUGAUUUCCCUUCAGAAACCGACACCGUCCCCUCUACUCACCCGACAGGGAAGCGGUUUCCCUUUGAACCAGACAGUAGUCCAAAUUCUCUCGCUGGGAAUUUUGAAAUGAAAAGAGAAGUUUCUAUGGUCAGCUCUCUACCCUACGACGUGGAACUGGAUAUGUGUUCUUCAUGGAGCAACCAGGAUAUGCUGGGAAUGGUUUCCAUGCAGGACGGGAAAUACCUGAAACCGGACCGCAGGGAAUUGCUGCUUGACAAGGUUGCAGACUUGAGCUCUGCCCAUUAUCAAAUGACUGCCGCCGGACUUCACGCUGCAGCCAAGUAUGAUAGCAGAGACAGCAAGCGUUUUAUUUGCACCUUCUGCAGCAAGUGUUUUACAUCGUCGCGAAAUCUGGAGACACACCUACGGGUUCACACAGGAGAGAGACCAUACAGCUGCACCCAGUGCGGGAAGAGGUUCACCCAGUCUGGCCAUCUGAAAACGCAUCAGAGCGUACACACCGGAGAGCGGCCAUUUGCCUGCGAGCAGUGUGGUAAAAGGUUUGCAGGGAAACAGAAUUUGAGGUUACACCAACAGAAAAACCACCCUAAUAUGUGAGGUGUAAGGCUAGUUGAGAGCUCCACGAACAGUUAUGCCUAACAUUUUUGAAGCAUGAGACCAGAACCGUGACACUGUUUGACAUCUAAGUUUGAACAUUAGUCAUGAAGAAAAGGCUAUUUUGUAUUUUCACACUCAUGAUAUGUUUUGAUGGAUGAACUCCGCAAGAAUGGUGGAGGUGAAAAACAUGGUUUAACAUUGCGAUGCUCUAAUUUCAAUUUUUCUUCCAUUUAAUUGCCUUUGAAAUGAUACAAUUGAUAAUAUUUAACCCAAUGAAACAAAGCUAUUUGAGACAUUAUUACCACUGGAAUGUAUUUUGAAAAUGGAACAGUCCUUCCAUAUAAGUUGUUACGAUAAUGGUCACACUUUAAAUUUACCACAAUUCAUAAAGGCUUAAUAUAGCAUACAUAAAGUCUUAAUAAGAACUAUAGAGUGCAUUGCCUAAUGCAUCAUAUCCUACUAUGGAAAUUCUCAAAAAAGCUGUGCUUUACAAAGGGCUGUAACUAUAUGUAACAAUAUAACAUUAUUAGUGUGUUUGCAAGAAGAUGACUGGCCAGAACUGUAAACUUACAUUUUUAUAAUACAGACAGUAGGAACGUUUAUUUAAAGGAUGAGUCAGUUCAGAAGCUAGAAGAUUCAUUACUUGCCAACAGCUGCAAUUCCCAGUUAAACGACAUCACGUUUUGAAGUUCACUUUCAUUGUUUUGUCUAAUAUUCUAUCAUUAAUCUACAAAGACGUUUUGUGGGUCAGUAGCUAGGUUUCCAUCCAAUUGGCGAUUUUCAUGCAAAAAUUAUAAAAUCUGCAUGAUGAAAAUGCGCAUCAGUGCCUGAUGACGUAGUGCAUACAAUUUACUUUUCCGUAUAAGUUUUCAGGUACCGAAUAAAAUGUGUUCAAUGUGUUUCCAUUCAAUGCAUUUUCAACUCUACCGAUAGCUUUGUAACAAACUGUUGCAUUAAAUAGCAAAUGUGCCUACUCUGGUCUUGACACGUGCGCUCGAGCCAACAGCUCGCAGAUACAGUAUGCUCGUCUACAUGAUGAAAUUAUUAUGGAUAAGACUGAGAAUAUUUGUCAAACAGCAGUUUGAACAAAAUACAUUUUCAGCUAAACCCUAAAAGUACAGUAUCUAACAAACUACGUUAUGGCAUUCACUAACUAUUUGCAAAUCAUAGAAAUGUGGAUAUGUUUGUGGGUAAAAUUCUAAUUUACUCAACCUUUUUUAAAUGUAUUGAUUUACCUGUUUAUUUAGUACGUGAUUGUCAAUAUUUGGGUUUGGCAGUGUGUUGACAUUGAAGGUGAAUAACUUCCAUAAUAUGUUUGAAAUUAGUGAGUCAGAACAAUGUUUUUAGUUGUUCAUAUGCAAUAUAAAAAGUCAGGAAUAAGUCAAUUCUAGCUCACCAUCAGGCAAUUGUUUGAACUUGUGCAUUGCAAUAUAUUUCUAAUAUUCAUGAAUAUCUGUUUUGUAAAUUCAGAGUUCCUUUUAUAAUGCAUUUACAUAACUGUCACACAAUAUACUUCACAAUUUAAAAACAAGACAUGUAUACAGUGGCAAGAAAAAGUAUGUGAACCUUUUGGAAAUACCUGGAUUUCUGCAUAAAUUGGUCAUAACAUUUGAUCUAAUCUUCGUCUAGGUCACAACAAUAGACAAAGUCUGCUUAAACUAAUAACCAACAAACAAUGAUAUGUUUUCAUGUCUUUAUUGAAAACACUGUGUAAACAUUCACGAUGCAGGGUGGAAAAAAUGUGAACCCUUGGAUUUCAUAACUGGUUGACCCUCCUUUGGCAGCAAUAACCUCAACCAAACAUUUUCUGUAGUUGCUGGUCAGACCUGCACAACAGUCAGGAGGAAUUUUGGACCAUUCCUCUUUACAAAGCUGUUUCAGUUCAACAAUAUUCUUGGGAUGUCUGGUGUGAACUGCUCUCUUGAGGUCAUGCCACAGCAUCUCAAUUGGGUUAUGUCAGGACUCUGACUGGGCUCUGACAGGAGGUGUAUUUUCUUCUGUUAAAGCCAUUCUGUUGUUGAUUCACUUCUGUGUUUUGGGUCGUUGUCCUGUUGCAUCACCCAACUUCUGUUGAGCUUCAAUUGGCGGACAGAACCUUACAUCCUCCUGAAUUUUUCUGUCGAUGAUAGCAAGCUGUCCAGGCCCUGAGGCAACAAAACAGCCCCAAACCAUGAUGCUCCCUCCAUCAUACUUUACAGUUGGGAUGAGGUUUUGAUGUUUGUGUGCUGUGCCUUUUUUUCUCCACACAUGUUGUGUGUUCCUUCCAAACAAUUCAACUGUAGUUUCAUCUGUCCACAGUGUAUUUUGCCAGUAGCGCUGUGGAACAUCCAGGUGCACUUUUGCAAACUUCAGACAUGCAGCAAUGUUUUUUUUGGACAGCAGUAGCUUCUUCCGUGGUGUCCUCCCAUGAACACCAUUCUUGUUUAGUGUUUUAAGUAUCGUAGACUUGUCAACAGAGAUGUUAGCAUGUUCCAGAGAUUUCUGUAAGUAUUUAGCUGACACUAGGAUUCUUCUUAACCUCAUUGAGCAUCCUGCGCUGUGCCCUUGCAGUCAUCUUUGCAGGACGGCCACUCCUAGGGAGAGUAAAAACAGUGCUGAACUUUCUCCAUUUAUAGACAAUUUGUCUUACCGUGGACUGAUGAACAUCAAGGCUUUUAGAGAUACUUUUGUAACCCUUUCCAGCUUUAUGCAAGUCAACAAUUCUUAAUCUUAAGUCUUCUGAGAUCUCUUUUGUUCGGGGCAUGGUCCAUAUCAGGCAAUGAUUCUGGUGAAUAGCAAACUCAAAUUUUGUGAUUUUUUUUAUAGGGCGGGGCAGCUCUAACCAACAUCUCCAAUCUCGUCUCAUUGAUUGGACUCCAGGUUAGCUGACUCCUGAUUCCAAUGAGCCUUUGGAGAAGUCAUUAGCGUAGGGGUUCACAUACUUUUCCCAACCUACACUGAAUGUUUAAAUGAUGUAUACUUUGUGUUAUUAGUUUAAGAACACUGCUUGUCUGUUGGGACUUAGAUGAAGAUUAGAUCAAAUUUGAUGACCUGCAGAAAUCCAGGUAAUUCCAAAUGGUUCACAUACUUUUUCUUGCCACUGUAUAAUAAAGAGAACCUAACCACAUUCAUAUGGUUCUUACCUGUGUAGCUUCAGAGGUUCCACCUGCAAUAUUUGUGUGACGAGAACACAGGCUGUCACCAAGGCUGCUGUUUUAAAACUUGGGUACAGACAGUAUCUUUUCUUUGCCCCUUUCCUAUUGUUUGUGGCAUACUAUUCUCCAGGUGGACAAAUUCGUCACACAUUGGCAUUUCCAAAUCCAUAGUACCACCCAAAUAUAAUUUGACAUUUUAAAGUGUCAAACAAUAAACUGUAACAGACUAGCCCUGAAAAUGAACAGAUACCCCGACCCAUGUGGAAUUCCAUGGCUUUGCACAAGCAGUUUGCAUCCUGCUUUGAUGUGUUGACCAAGGCAGCAGUGGCUGACAUCUGUGAAGUUGUUGAUGAAGGUUAUGCAAUUUUGCAAUUAGAAAGGAAAAGGAGGACCUAUAAUUUCCCAAUGAAGCGAUGGGAAAGCAAGAACUCAAGCUGUUGUUACAGAGCAGUCCCACCAGGUGAAGGUCUCCAUCCAAAUCAGUUGCAGCAGGAGAACACUGGUCAUAAAAGGAAUGGCAUAACAAUACCGCUGGAGUUUGAAGAGGUCAGUUGAAGAUGAAGAGGUCAGUUCCCAUGUUUAACUCCUUCAGUUGCUACAGUGCAUUCUGAAAGUAUUCAGACCCCUUGACUUUUUCCACAUUAUAGCCUUAUUCUAAAAUGGUUUAAAUCGUUUUUUUUUCUCUCAUCAAUCUACACACAAUACCACAUAAUGACAAAGAAAAAACUGGUUUACAGAAAUGUUUGUAUUAUUGACGCACCGAUAUGACAUUUUUGGCCAAUAUCCAAUAUUUUCCUUGCAAAAAAAAAUAUGGACAUUACAUUUUUGCAGUCUUUUAAGCAUUCUAGUACAGUUAAAUAGUUAACACACACACAUGGACACAGCGGUCUAAGGCACUGUAUCAGUGCAAGAGGUGUCACUACAGUCCCUGGUUCAAUUCCAGGCUGUAUCACAUCCGGCCGUGAUUGGGAGUCCCAUAGGGUGGCGCACAAUUGGGCUGUCAUUGUAAAUAAGAAUUUGUUCUUAACUGACUUACCUAGUUAGGUUACACACACCACACUGAACGAAAUUUUAUUUUGUUGGCAUUUGUGAAUGUCCCCAUUUACCAGUAAAACAUAAUCAAAACCUAUUUCACUUACUUGCUGUGCUGUUUCAUUGUUCAUUUGUUCAGUCGUUUCAUUCUCAACCAGGAUUUCUAUGGAACGCUGUUUGGGUCUUUGCGUGUCAAAAAGAUUAAUGUAAAAUAACACCAUUUCACAUGUCAAGUAACACGACAUCUGUUUCAGUAGCUAACUAUAUAGCUAGGUGUCAUCUAAAAUAACCCUAAUUUAUAAGACAGUUCUUAUUUGAUUUAUGUUUG